AUGAUCACUGAGUUUGUAGUCCUGGGUAAUCACACAUUUUCGAUUGUCGAAGAAGAAAAAUUUAAAUACUUAAUGAAUAUGGGUUUUAAUAAAAGGAAAUGUCUAACAAGAAAAACAUUGAUGGGUAGAAUAUCUAAUAUUUCACAGGAGUUAAAAAUAGAACUUAAAGAGCAACUGAUGUCUACUGAACUUAAAUAUGUUUGUGCUACUGCUGAUUGUUGGUCUGUCUACAAAAAGUAA